AUGCUGCUGCUGUCCCUGGUUGUGAUGCUGCUGCAGCUGGGCAGAGGCUGCUGUGGGCUCCCCUUCUACAACGGCUUCUACUACGACCACGUCAUGAACGACAAGGGCAACGGCAAUGGCAACGGCGAAGUUCACUUCAAUGGCGUGAAGCUGGUGGUGGAGACCCCGGAAGACGCCAUCUUCACCUACCGCGGCGCCAACAUCACGCUGCCCUGCCGCUACCACUACGAGCCCAAGCUGGAGACGCCGCGCAAGAUCCGCAUCAAGUGGUCCAAGCUGCGGGAGGACAACACCAAGGAGCGGGACGUGCUGGUGGCCAUCGGGCUCAAGCACCGCAGCUUCGGCGAGUUUCGGGGCCGCGUGCACCUGCACCAGCGGGGCGAGCAGGAGGCGUCCCUGGUGAUCAGCGACCUGCGCCUGCAGGACUACGGCAAGUACCGCUGCGAGGUGAUCGACGGGCUGGAGGACGAGAGUGGCAUUGUGGAGCUGGAACUGCGAGGGGUGGUUUUCCCAUACCAGCCUCACCAUGGCCGCUAUCGACUCAACUUCCAUGAAGCCAAGAAAGCUUGCGAGGAGCAGGACGCUGUGAUCGCGUCCUUCGAGCAGCUCUUCAAGUCCUGGGAGGAGGGGCUGGACUGGUGCAAUGCCGGCUGGCUGCUGGAUGGAACAGUACAGUACCCCAUCUCCCUGCCCCGGGAGCCCUGUGGCGGCAAGAGGCUGGCCCCUGGCAUUCGGAGCUAUGGCGAGCGCCACAAGAACCUGCACUACUUUGACGUUUUCUGCUUCUCCUCUGCUCUGAAAGGAAAAGUUUACUACCUGGCUCACCCGGAGAAGCUGACGUUGGAAGAGGCCAAGCAGGCCUGCCAGGAUGAUGGGGCUGAAAUUGCCAAGGUGGGGCAGCUCUAUGCGGCGUGGAAGUUCUUCAGCCUGGAUCGCUGCGACGCUGGCUGGCUGGCAGACGGCAGCAUCCGCUACCCCAUUGCCUUCCCCCGGCCCAACUGCGGCCCACCAGAGCCGGGGGUCCGGAGUUUCGGCUUUCCCGAAAAGGGCAAGUUUGGGGUGUAUUGCUACAAGCUGAACUAA